AUGACUCAGGAAAAGGAUGAUAUUAUUACUUACGACUACAUUGUAAUUGGUGGCGGUACGAGCGGUGCGGUUGCAGCUCGACGUUUGGCAGAAGGAGAUACAAACUCUAGUGUAUGCCUUCUCGAAGCUGGUCCAAGUCAUGAAGAAGUCAUUCAUGGUCGUAUACCUGGUAAUUGGCUUUUGGGUAAAGAGAAGUCACACGACUGGAACUAUGAUACUGUUGCUCAGAAAGGUUGCAAUAAUCGUAUUAUAAGCGCACCACGUGCUCGUUUUCUUGGUGGAUGCAGUGCAAUCAAUGGUACAUUGCUUAUUCGGGGCACCAAAGCAGACUAUGAUCGUAUCGCAGCCAUGGGGAACCCAGGAUGGAGUUGGGAAGACAUGUUGCCCUAUUUCAAAGCAUCUGAGACGUUCCAUCCAGCUGAAUGGCACCAGUCAGACUUGACUGUUCAUGGUACUAGUGGACCACUGCAUACCGAGCCGUAUCCUCAUGCACCUAUCUCUGAAAAAGUUAUUGAAUCAUUUAUUGACAGUGGCUUUGAGUAUAAACCCGAUAUGUUUGUACGGGGUGACUAUGAAGGUGUUGGACAUGCUGUACGCACAGCUUACAAAGGUAUUCGAAGUACAAGUGCGGACUUUAUUCUUCAUUACGAGAAAACAAACCUUACAGUGCGAACAGGUAUCUAUGUCGACCGAAUCAUUCUGGAAAAAAACAAUGUAAACAACAAAGAAAAACGUGACUACAAAGCAGUCGGUGUAGAAGCACAUUAUGAUGCAACUGGACAAUCGAUAAUCAUCAAAGCAAGAAAGGAAAUUAUUCUAAGUGCUGGUGCUUAUAAUUCUCCAAUGGUUUUAAUGUAUUCUGGUAUUGGCCCAGCAGAACAUCUAAUUGAAAUGGGUAUCAGUUAUGAGCUGCCACACAAUCCCGUAGAAGGCGAAGGAGGUAUUGGACUAUAUGUUCUUCUAUGUGGGCCACAAGCAAGAGGUACUGUACGACUCUCGUCCAAGGACCCAACAUGCAAACCCAUCAUCGAUCAUGCCUAUCUUGAAAAUGAUCUCGAUGUAGCUGUACUUGCUGAAGGUUGUCGAAUCGGACACGAAGUGUUAAUGAAAGGCCGAGGAACAAAAAAUAUCGUUGUUGGUCCAUGGCCGAAAACCAUAUCCCAUCCAAAGGAUCUGGCUGAUUGGAAAAAGCAUGUACGAGCUGUUGCUAGCACCUGUUUUCAUCCAUGUGGUACAUGUAAAAUGGCACCUGACACUGACCCUAUGGGAGUGGUCGACAAUCAACUUCGUGUACGAAACGUUGAGAGUUUACGAGUGGCAGAUGUAUCCAUUCUACCUUUAAUAAACAAUGGACAUACACAAGCACCUGCAUAUGCCAUUGGCGAAAAACUCGCACAUAUGGUUUUGCAAGACGCUACUGUUGCAUGCUAG